GAUAGGCAAUACACACACAAUUCCUUUGAUUAUGGUGAGAUUUAUUAACUAACUCAGGUGCGGUUACAUAUACAUCAAAGAAAUAAUCUAUUAACAACUAUGGGACAUCACUGAUCACAGAAUGCCGUGUUUUGCCUUACUGUGGAUCAGCGGCCUGCCUUGGCCAGUUGCAGGGGUCCCCGAUUCCUGGCUUUCUGCUAAGGAAUUUUCCGGGUGUUCUCCGUGUCUUGAAUGAAGUGUUGAUCGUCCUUGGUCUGGGGGUUUUCCAUUCAUCCCCCAGCCCGAGUUGGCCGCCAGAAUACAGAAAUCUACCGAGUACUCCGCCACGCUCCAAUCACCCUGGCGGAGGGAGAGGAGGCGACAUGGCGCCUCUCUUCCUCACACUGGGCGAUCGCAUACUCUCCGCAUCUCCUCAACAAAGGAGGAGUAGGAGGAGAGGACGUGGGGCUGACCCUCACUGACGGCUGCGUACCAGGCCAGGGCCCGGUCGCGGAGUAACCAGCGACAUAACAGAUCUUAGCCUCAUUGGACUGGAAAGACACUGGUUGCCUCUUGAACACCAGGGCGCACUGAACCAAGAAGCCGUCACACGUGUCCAGAACAGCGGAGAACUUAUCUGGAUGGGAAACUGGAGACUCGCGGGGUGAGUACGCGCCUACUGGGGGGCUCGGGACAAAGUCAGCGGAGAGAAAACGAGGAGGAGACUGAGAGGGGGACAGGGGCGUGUGAAGCAGGGGUCGGGAGCCGCGCGCUGAGACGCCGCACCUCCUCGCCCAGGGAGCAGAGCGCGUCGGACACCGACUGGAGCCGGGCCGCGUGCUGAUCGAGAACUGCCCCCUGGGAGGCGACGGCGCGGAUGACUUCCAGCGGAGUGGGGUCGGUGGAGGGGGGAGGAGAAGGGGAGCGUGCUCGGUCCAUAGUGGCUUGAUCGUUCUGUAACGGUAGGAGACAGAACUGACCCAAACGCAACGCUGAGGAUUUGCAAAAGAGGUUUAUUCAACGCAGGGGACCGAGCAGCUGGAGGAGCGGAAGGAGCUUAGGCUGGAGGUUCGAGGGAGGCUGGCAGAAGUGGAGGAGAGAGCGCGGUGACUGGGGACCCGGCGGGGUGCAAGGGGGGAAGCCGGAGGGCGUCGUGGAGGUGGCGAGAGGAGGAGGCUGGCGAGCAAGCCCGGCUGGCCGAGCUGGGAGGCAGAGGUGAGUGAACCUGGUAGGAGGAAACAGACAGACAGGGUUAGCAGGUAACUAGGGCGUGAAACAAAGGGAAAUGUCAAAAGAGCCAGAACGAAGCGGUGACACCAAGUCAGGAGCUGCGACGAUCGAGCGAGGAUGGAGUGGAAAGCCGGGGUAGAAAUACUGGUCGUGAUGAGGCUGAUGGCUAGCAGGUGCGGUGGCCGGGGAUGGAGGUUAACGAGGUGCAGGUGUCGGUAGCCAGCCGGGCUCCGGAGCAGAGAGGGAGAGAGGGCACAGGAAAAAAACAGAAUGCGAGGGAAAGGAGAAACAGGACACUCACCAACAGCCGGGCUGUCACCGCAACAGAAAAGUCUCUUAUCCCUCUACAGCUACUUUGCUGCUCUACUCAGCACUAUCACACACUGUCCAACAACUGGUUUAAAAUAGGGUAAAAAUACACUUGCUGUAAAAAAUAAAUAAAUAAACCCAUACUUUUUACACCAAUGGGUCCCCCUGUGGUUUGGGGGUUAAGACGCAUACUAUGAACUUCAACACCUUUCCCUCAUUUCCUAUUAUCUCUCUAUUAUCUGUGAGAUAAAGACAUACAAAGCCCGCCAAAAUGCUAUAUUUGAACUUCCUUUAACUUAACUGUCAUCUCUUAAAUCAAAGGUUUGGCUUUUUAAGUGGUUGGGACACAUUUUGUUGAACAACCAGUUGUGUAUUAAAACUUACGUUUGUAUGUCAUAUGUAGAAAUGCACAAACAAACAAAAAGAGCUUGAUUCUGCAAAACAUUAAUAUGUAUUUGCUUAAUACAACUCUUCCAAAACAGGAUAUAAUACUGUUUUCUGCUUUUAAACAGCUAUUUAAUUUUUCAUGCCAGUUGGGCAUGCUGUGCCCAGUCUGCAAAAACAAGUACUCAAGUAAAAGCAGUCAUCAAAGAAAGCACGAGUAGUAGUAGUAGUGGUUUUGAAGCCCUUGAAGUUCCUCAUAUUCCGGGCAAAACCCCUGGAUAAUUUCUCUUCUCUCUAUUUUUAAUUUGUCACAGAAAUGAUCAGCGUCUGGUAGGGUAGGAUUUUAUUUUCAAAACUCGUGCUUUCUUUGUGCCCUUAUGCAGCCAGGCUUUGGAAUGAUUAUGCAAUGAUAUUUUGAAUAGCCACCGACAGAGAAAAGCAAGUCAUUUACACCCCACACUUGGCAUUAAUGCAUGUUGUUGACCAGAUUGCAAUUAGAUAGUGCUUGACCACAUGAAAGUACAGGUGGAACACUGCUCGAUCUGAUAUCUUGUGAGUGGCAAGUUCUUGCAAGAAGACGCCGGCGGAAACGUGAGUUGGAGAGAGGAUUCCUCUCUCGGAUUGUCUUUGAGUGAAAAUUAUUUUUCUGGUUAAAAAAAGGGGUGUUAGCAGGUGUCACUGUUAAUGUUGUCAGACACCUGGUAUAACAGUCUGAGUCUUGGUAUAUAUAGCUCCACAUGUAGAAUAAAAAAAUAUUUUGCACUACCUGAGUGUUUUCCAGUGUGGGCAUUUUAUUCAAAUAAUUAUAAUAAUUAGUUCUGUGUUUUGAAUAAAAGCUGAAAAUGUAAUUAAAUCUCCAAUACUUCACUCGACAUCUGAGUCAAAUACAUAUUUAUGCAAGCCCACUACUCCAAUGGGCUAUGCAAACACUUUGUUGCAAUACUUAACUUUUAUUACUAGAGGGCAGUAGCUAUCUGCUGUAUGAAAAGUAUCAGGCAUAGCAUACAGACAUUCCUUGGCAAGCAACUUCUCCUCUAACUCUGCUGUGUUUCUGCAGCUCCUGUGUUUUCUUAAAGCUCUCCUCCCAUGGUGCCAGCUCCAACAAUCCUCCAACCAUCCUUCAGAGCUUUGUGUUUUGUGUCCCACUGUGUCUUGCUCUAGUGGAUCUUAGCCUGUAUAUAUUUUUUUUUUAGCUUGGCCAGGUAUCCCCCUACUAGUGCCAUAAUUUCCUUUCUGACAAUGGAGAUCACCUCAUCAUUCUUUUCCUGAAUGAUAGGGGUUGCCUUCUUCUCACAGUCCUGCUGCAAAGUUACUAACUACUAGCUACUAACCAGCGUUCCCACUCUUCAUUGAACUGUAUCACAGUUUUGUCAGGAAGGAAAAUUUCUUCUCAUUGACCUAGUCGUGCUCUGCCUUCCAGGAUUUUUUGACCUUCUCAGUCUGUAUAUUUCAUCAAAGAGGCUCAGCUAAUCUAGCUAGCUGCCUCUGCCUUGUAUCACUAUUGGUUUUAGAAACAAAUCGUUCCACAUUUACUUUGUAUUGCAACCAUGCAACUGGUCGCAUUAGCCGGCAAGCUAUUGUCAUCUAACUUGAGCCAACUAAACACAAAAUCGCAGUGCAUUUAACAUACUUUGCAGUAACGUUAGUUUACCUGUCCCAUAGGUUUUUAUAUCCACAACAAAGCGGAGGUCUCUCUGUGACCCAAACACCUUUCAGUUGUUGACCAUGUUUUCACCCAUCAUCGAUCUGAUUCUCAUUUGGCUUGACAAGCUUCAGCGCAUAAAAGUUUUUUGUUGUUUUUUAUCCUAACAUGGAAUUUGUUUUGCUGGUCAUUUCAUUAGUCAGUUUGUGUCUGACUAGCUAAUGUUAGAUAAUGCUACUUAUGGUUAUUUUAAGGCACUGUGGUGGUUAUCAAAAUGAUCAAAAACACUAUUAAAAAGAUAACAGUACAAUCAUACUAGGUCUUUAUUAAUACUCUAUUUGUGUUUUUCUCACUUUGGACAUUCCUAGUUGAUUAUUAAAGGUGAACUGAAACCAUACCAGAAAACAAUUAAGCAUAUUUGGAAAGUACACUCUAGCUGUAUAUAUUUAUACAUCAUUCAACUAACCAAUGUAACGCAACUUCCUUACAAUAGGAGGAAGACAGACUGACAAACUGUUGCAUAGUCAUAAUUAGGAAAUUAGGAAGUAGCCGUUCACUUUCGCAGAGGUUCAUUGUGUUAUGUCUGCUCACUUACUGACAUGGCUUUGCAUCUCAGCUUUCUUCUCAUCCUCACUGGACUCACAGGAAUUUGUAGCAUGACUACAAUCAGUCAAGUAUCAGUGAAGGCUGGAGAUUCAGUCACUAUCCCAUGUCUCUAUAACUCACAAUACAUGAACAACGUGAAAUACUUGUGUGAAGGAUAUUAUUGGUCCCACUGCUCAUAUGCAGUUAGAACAAACCAGCCAAAUUCAGGAAGGUUUUCAAUCUCUGAUGAUAAAAGCAGAAGAAUCUUCACUGUGACUAUAAAAGAUCUGACAGAAAGGGACAAAUAUUACUGGUGUGCUGUGGAGAUUGAUCAAGGGUCAGACAUUGGAGAGUAUUUUCAUCUGUCAGUCACAACAGGUACACCCAGUCUCUAUGUGAAUCGUCAGGAGAUUGCAGGACUUAAUGGACAAAAUGUAACCAUCAAUUGUAACUACAGUAACUCUGGAGAAAUAAAGUGGUGCAGGCUGGGCAGAUCCUGUGUGACAGAUCAGUCUGGAUCAAUAGAUGGAACAAGUGUGACCAUCAGUAAAAGUGUCCCUAAUGUUUUCACUGUGACUAUGAGUGGACUGAGGACAGAGAGCAGCGGCUGGUAUUAUUGUGUCAAAGGAGACUUUCAGAUGCCGGUGCAUUUAACUGUUACUGAGCAACCUACCACUAGUAACUACUACCAAACACCAACAACAGUCCAGGCUGAGCAGCGCAGUGUUCCAUUUGACCUAAAGAGCCUCAUCAUCCCUUUGAGUGUAUUGAUCUUCAUUGUAAUUGUGACCUUGUUCAUCUGGUUUAUGUUAAACAGACACAGGCACACCAAAGCGGAACUGUCAGCCACAACACCUGAAGCAGAAGUAACAUACAGUACCGUUAAGAAAAAGAGAAAAACUUCAGGCCAGGCUGAAGAGGACGUAACAUAUAGUAAUAUUAAUUACAUGGGAAAAAUGUCAAGCAAGAGAUCAGAUGCUCAGAGUGACGCGGAUGUGACAUACAGCUCUGUGGUUAUUGUACAACAACAAAAUGUCCAAAGGGUUGAAGCAAAAGCUGUUGAUGUAAUAUAGAGCAGGUUGGCUCAGCAUCAUCACAACUUGUAAAUGUUUCUGCUACUACUACUGCCCUUAUAUCAUAUCUCCAUGACUGUCAUUGGACUCUUUUUGAUGAUAGUGUUGUAAUGUUUUGUAAACUAUUAUUGUUUGGUUAUUCAGUAACUUACUUGAAGUUUCACACAUGUUCUCAAUUUUUUUUUACCUUCCUCUGCAUAGCUGCAAAACAUUUCUAACAAGCACUGAUCUGGACGUUGUUUCCCAAAAACAACUUUAAGCUCAGAUGGUUGUAAAAUCCCUCUUUCAAACCUUCUUCUACCUAACAGGUGUUUCCAACCUAAAUGGUGUGUGUUAUGUCGAUAACUUUAAUAUUUUCUGGAAAAGAGUGUCUCUUUUUAAGACAGACGGAUUUCACCCAAACAAACAGGGCUCAGAAAUGUUAGCUGCUCACAUAUAUGGAUUACGUGAAUGACUAAUCAUUCAUGCAGCACAUCUGGACACACCACCGGUCACUGAUCAGAUCUCUACCUCACUGCCACUAACAACUGUCUCCACCUGCUGGCAUGUAAAGCCGUCUGCUCCCAGCACUGUUCCAAAGACUUCUAUUCCUGUCAUCAUCACGCAUAGACCAGUAAACCGAAAUGUGUACAUCCCACACAGAAAUC